AUGGCUUCCGAUUGGAACCAAAAUGACCUCCGUGCACGCUUCUGCCACGCCCUAUCAGAAAUGUACAAAACAGAAGUCCCCCUAUACGGCGACCUAGUCGACGUCGUCCUAGAAGCAGACACAAAAGCGCUACAAGCAAGCACGAAAUCCGGAGAAGCAGUCCCCAUAAACCCAGACGAUGUCCUCCCAUCACGACACCGAGUCGAAAGACACGGCGCAAUCCGACUAGGAACACCACACGAGCUCAGCACAAUUCGACGCAUGUUCGCCGUCAUGGGAAUGUACCCGGUAGGCUAUUAUGAUCUCAGUCUCGCUGGAUUCCCCAUGCAUGCUACAGCCUUCAGACCGACGACCCAAGAUGCGCUCGCGGCGCAUCCAUUCCGAGUCUUCACGACGGUGUUGAGAAUGGACCUUCUUACUGCGAAGACGCGGGAAUUAGCGACGAAAGCGCUGGACCAAAGAAAUAUUUUCACGCCCAGACUUCUUACUUUGUUGGACAUUGUUGAGUUAAAGGGGACCUUAACGCCGGAUGAGUGUGUUGAGUUUAUCAAUGAUGGAUUGGAGACGUUCAGGUGGCAUCCGAAGACUACUGUUACCCUUGACGAGUACACGAUACUAAAGGCCGAACACCCAUUAAUUGCUGAUAUUGUUUCAUUUCCCAAUGCGCAUAUCAAUCAUCUCACGCCGCGAACGAUCGAUAUCGACCUCGUUCAAAGGCUCAUGGUUGAGCAUGGAAUGCCUGCGAAAGAGCGAAUUGAAGGACCGCCCAAGCGGCAAUGCCCGAUAUUAUUACGACAGACUAGUUUCAAGGCUUUGCAAGAAACUGUCUAUUUUGGCGAUGUCUCUGGCUCGGGUGCAGCAAUUAAAGGAUCUCACACGGCGCGUUUCGGAGAAGUCGAGCAACGUGGUUACGCAUUAACGCGAAAGGGCCGGCAAUUUUACGAUCAAAUUUUGAAUCAGGUUAAUGAUCUCGCGGCUGGGAAUCGACGAAAACUAAACUAUACUACCGAAUACGAAUCUCUGCUGGCGAAAUCGCUGACUCUAGCCGGCGAGAAGUAUGCAGAGCACCGUGAUGACGACUUCAGUAGAUGCGUGCCACCACUUGGUACAGCGACAGAAUCAGUCCAAGACCUUCUAGACAGAGGAAUUCUAAGCUACGAUCCGAUAACGUAUGAGGAUUUCCUUCCACUAUCUGCGGGUGGCAUUUUCAAUUCCAAUCUUGGCGACGUCUCCCAGUCUAAGCAGCUCAUUAUGAGUGCCGAGUCGGAUUUGGAUGGGUUCCAGCGUGCUCUGGGAACUUAUGUUGCGGAUGAAUUUCACCUCUAUGCAGAAAUGCAACGGGGAUCUCUUGAGGUUUGCAGGCAGAAACUUGGCUUGAGGGAGAUUUCUAAGGUAUAG